AUGGUACGUACAAGGUGUGAUCAAAGAGCUUGUACUAGUGCGCAAAUCAACACAGAACAGAGCUACCUAUUCAACGUAUCCUUUGAAUACGAGAAGGAAUUAAUUUCAUUCGACGAGAAUGGGGACCCUCCAGGCAGGUACGAUAUCAUGAACUUCCAACGUCUUACUAAUGGUUCCUUCGAUUACGUCCAAGUUGGUGGCUGGAACAAUCAUACUCUGACCUUGAACGAGAAGAUCAUGCAGUUUGGACCGAAUGGACGCACUGUGAAGUCAGUUUGUUCUGAGGACUGCCCCAUGGGAAAGUACAAGGUAUGA